AAAAAUAUCCAAUUUAUAGUUUUUUUUCCAAAAAAAUUGUUGCAAAAUCUUUUAAAAAUGACUUCGACAGGCACGGCUUUGUUCGGCUCAAACAUCGGCAGUUCUUCGAAGAAUUUAGUCGAGUUUCGGGCAGGAAAGAUGAAAUUAAACGGUACGACAGUCACAGCGGACAAACGGAAAGGUUUGGUGUACGUUUUUCAAGGGGAAGACUCGCUGAUGCAUUUCUGUUGGAAGGACCGAACCACGAGCACAGUCGAGGAUGUAUGUUGGUUUAAAUAUGAGUAUUUGUUGCGCUUUGCUUACGGUGCUUCUUGUUAUUCGACUUUUGUGACGUUUCUUUAGAGUAUUUUAAAAUUCGUCAUUUGAAUGAUGUGAUUUAGUGAAGUGGCUCAAUCAAGGAACCUGAUUGGCUGAUUUUUUGCGAAUAUUGCCGGCGUUUAUUGAUUUCGCAAAAUACCAUGCGCCAGGAGGAUUAGAGAUUGAUAGACAUUGGUCAACUUCAAAAAUGUUGAUAUUUACAGGAAUUUCUUGUUGUUUAUUUUUGAAACUGGUUAUUAGUCCGCAAACGGAUACUAACGAGCCAACGCUAUUUGUCCGGCACAACUAUUUUCUUUGUUCUAUCAACAUGCUGAAAUGACAUGAAGUGAAUUUCAUUGAUUUGCAAGCAAAUGUUUGGUAACCUAUUGGUUAAGCCACUCUGAUCAGUUAGGGACAGGUGCGGCUAAUAAGUUUUCAUUUGAAUGAACCAAUCAAUUAAAUUCACAGACAAAUAGCCAAAGCUUGUUGGUCUCUGUGGCUGGACAAAUAACAAUGUUGUUUAUUUUUUGUCAAUUACAAGACUACUACAUAUAAUGAAGAGAAUGAACAUUAUUUUCUCACUCUGAUAACCGCAGGUUGGCUGCCAUCUGCUGCACGAUAGUAUUUGAAAUUUUCCACCAUCUUUUCAUUAUUUUAAGCUGCUUUCCGUGCCGUCCUGUCACUCGUUGUUUUGACUCAGUCAUGAACAUUUUUAGGAUUUAAUUAUCUUCCCUGAUGACGUGGAGUAUAAAGCAGUCAAACAAUGCAAAACUGGCCGAGUUUUCAUUUUGAAGUUCAAAAAUUCCUCGCGUAAAUUGUUCUUUUGGAUGCAAGAACCGAAGGCGGACAAGGAUGAGGAAUUGACGAAAAAAGUCAAUGAUUUUUUGAACAACCCCCCUGCACCAGGAUCGUCUGGUGGUGGGUUGAGGCAUUUGGGUGAUCAACUGAUAGGUAGGUAUGAAAUUUCCAGGGGGUAUUCUUUUAUAAUUGUAAACUAGAGACAUUUUACACAAUGGGCUAAUCAUGUAUCGAGUUUACUUUGCCCAGGAAAGGAAGACAAACCAUUGCUAAUUUCCGAUGCAAAACUUAGUAGAUUUGUCCAAGAAAUGUAUUGAACUAAUCAACUACCACACAAUGUUGUUGCUUGGUUGUAGGUGACACAAGUCUGCAAGGUUUGAUUGGUAACAUGGACCAACAACAGCUGCUACAGUUGCUUGGUAGUGGUCAGGGUAUGGCAGGUCUUACCAGCCUCGCUGGUUUGACGUCCCGAGGUUCAAGUGCUGGUAGUACUCAA